AUCCAAGUCACUGUAAGAGGGAGGGAGAGGGAGAGAGAGAGACUGUUAAAAAGGCCUUUGGGGCUUCGUUUCAACUUUCAAUAAAGCCUCAUCUUCUCCUUCUCCAUCAAACCCCCUCCUUCCUCCUCUGUGUUUUCUCAGUCCACACUAAGCACUGCUUUGCCUUUUUCUUCUUCUUGGAUACUUGCCUGGGACCCUGUGGUUCUCUGCUUAUCUAGCAAACCCAACUGGGUUUUGGGUUUGCUAUAUUAUUAUAUCUUCACCAAGCCGCAAACUCUCCACCCCACUUUCUUUCUCUACUUUUUCCUCCCUUCGUUCUCUUUUGCUCUGCUAUUUCAAAGGCUGCCCAAAUGUCUGACAUGUUAGACGACCCCGCCUUUUGGCUCCCAACCCAGAUUCUCGACGACGACGACCUACCCGCCAUGGACCUCGGUUCCAAAACCAACUCCAAGACCCACCACAAGAGCUUCGGGCUCGGCUUUGACGUUGAUGCUUCGAAAGCUCUGUUUCCGUUCGACUUUCCUUAUGGCGGGUACGGGGCUUUCGGAGUUUCGUCGGAUCUCAGCUCGCCGGUCGAGUCUGUGGUGGGCUCCAGCGAGACGGAGAGUGACGAGGAAGACUACCUCGCCGAGUUGACUCGCCAAAUGGCUCGCUCGACGUUCGAGAAGGAGUUGAAGCACUCUGACGCUGCUUUCGGCUCUGACAACUCAAAGAGCUGGGUCGUUUCCGGUUCGCCCCAAUCGACGCUGUGCCCAGCUGGGAGCGGCUGUGGCUGUGGGCUAGGCUCGAGCCGUGGAAGCCCAAACGCCCACUCGCCGCCGGCCACUUGGGAUCUGCUGCAUGCGGCUGCAGGGGAGGUAGCGAAGAUGCACAUCGACCAUAGCAGAGGCUUCUUGGGACCUCCAAGAAAGCCCUCCCCACCAGUUCCCGCCGCCUCUCUGAGCAGCAACCCCAACAACCCAGAUGUUGGUUUUUACUUUCACCAGCAGUCGCUUUCCCACAAGCACUUGCAAGCCACACAGUUUCAGCGGUUGAGGCAGCAGCAAAUGUUGAAGGAACAGAGCUCUGGGGUUUGGGCAGCGCAGCCUCGAUACCCACAGCAGCAGACUCAGUCCCAGGCUCAGGCUCAGUCUCACCCAAUGGUCCAGAGCAGAGUGAGAAGCAACGCUCUCAACACUCGGCCUCUGGGUUUGUCGCCAUCUGCAUGGCCUCCUCUGCAACAAGCCCAGCAGCAACAACAGUACCAGAAAAAUGGGUCUGGCAUGAGAGCUGUUUUCCUUGGAACCCAAAACGCUGGUGCCAAAAGGGAGUGCGCUGGAACUGGCGUCUUCUUACCUCGCCAAAUCGGCACCCAAUCUGAAACGCGCAAGAAGACAGGUUGCUCGACAGUUCUCGUUCCAGCUAGAGUUGUGCAGGCACUGAAGCUGAACAUUGAUGAUAUGUGCGCACCUCAACCGCCCCACCUUCAGCGUCGUUUCAAUGCAAGCUACAACCCUGAACACGAUGUUGCUCUGAGGCUUCGAAGUAACAACGGCGCCAUUUCUCAGCAGAGACGCAAUGUUAUUAGGCCACAGCCGCCACAAGUGAGCAAUGAGAUUAGGCUCCCCCAGGAGUGGACUUAUUAGCAGCAUUUCAGUUCUGGGGUGGUUUGGUGUUUUUUUGGGAAUUUUAGGGCAAGGGGAAAGAAAUUUAAGGGUUUUAGGAAGAAAGGAAAGGAUGUAUGCAAGUUUUAUUAGUUUUUGAUAUAGGGUUUUUAAUGGUUUUUACUACAGGUGGUAGGGUAAGUACAAAGGAAAUAGUUUUUGAGAAAUGACAGGACAGGAGAAAAAUGGCUGAACAAGAAGAAAUGUUUUUUUGGGUUUUAGGGUUUAGGUGAGAAAUAAAUGGUCUACUUUCAUUAAAGUGAUGGCACCAGCUGCAUGGUUUUAUAUUACAGCAGAAGCAGAAGCAGCUUUUGUUCUAAGUGAUUUUGUGCUCGAAGAACGAGGCAAUGGUGGAUGCUUGUCCCUCUUUUGUUUUAGUCUUUUGGGAUAAGAAGAGUUUGGGAUCUUUUACAAAAAAGGAUUCCAAUCUGUCCUCCCCCCAUCUUGCCAUGCAACAAGUUAGUAUUAUUAAUAAUAAUAUUAAAUAAAAAAUUGCAUGUAUUCGCCUA